GAGGAGGAGGACAUUAGACGAGAGCAGGGCGGCGCUUUGUGCUCCUGCGGGAUCCUUCCUGCACCCUAGAGAGAGCGAAAGUUCAGAGCAAGAAGCAGAAGUGCACCAAAUAAAGUCUACUGCGAGUAUUAAACACAUUUAACAGAAACAUUUGCAGGAGUCUGUCUGUCCGGAGGCGCGGGCACAUCUGUCUCCAGCACGGAUGCGCGCCCGUCUGGAUGCGGUUAGUUCUGUGGAAAUACUUUCUUACUCAAGAUUAUAUGGAUGAAACGCAAACACAAAGUGGAAGGUAAUCCGUGAGGAAAGUUGCGAUUUAAAGAUGCGCUGGGUUUGCUCCUGCGCGCUGUUGCUGACGGUGCUGGAUAAUGCUGUGGCCGUGCCUGCGUGGAGAAAAAACACGGUGGCUAGUAUUCAGUUGCAUAAACCAUGUGUGCAGACCCCGGCACCUGUGGAUACGAGGUCUCAUCGAGGUCUGGCCCGAUCUAAGCGCUAUGCCAUCAACCCACUGGGAUACAAGUGGGAGCAUUUCAACGUCACGUACAAGAUCACAAAGUUCCCCAAUACGUUGAAUAAAGAUGAUACCCGCAAAGCUAUCAGCAUCGCCUUCACAAAAUGGAGUGAUGUUUCUCCUCUGACUUUCACUGAAAUCACCAACCCCAACAAAAGUGCUGAUAUCACUAUAGGCUUCUACACGUACAAUCACACGGAUUGUUGGUGGUCUCCACUGCACCCGUGUUUUGAUGGACUGAACGGAGAGCUGGCCCACGCCUUCCUUCCCCCACGUGGGGAGAUUCACUUUGACAACCAUGAAUUCUGGAUUCUGGGCAAAUCCCGCUUCAGCUGGAAACAAGGUGUGUGGUUGAAUGACCUGGUUCAGGUAGCUGCUCAUGAAAUCGGUCACGCUUUAGGCCUCUGGCAUUCACGGGACCCUAAGGCGCUAAUGCACCCUAAUGCAACGUACACGGGUCAGAGGAACAUCGCUCAAGAUGAUAUCUGGGGCAUCCAGCGCCUUUAUGGAUGCAUGGACAAGAAGCGUGUGUGUGACCCUUGGGCCCGCUUGGGUUUCUGUGAGAGGAGGCGGAGCUUCAUGAAGAAAAACUGCCCGCAGCGCUGCGACCUGUGCUACGAGCCUCUGGAUGCAGUGUCCACACCGACACCUCCUCCUGAAAAUGUGAAGAUCAAAAUUGUGCCUCGUGGAAAAGUUGUGGGCUUCCGCUGUGGGACAAAAAAUACCAGAGUUCCUCCAAAAGUCAGCUGGUAUAAGGACGGUGAGCAGUUGCUGACAUCCAUUCCCGGCUAUAUUGUAAUUAAAGAUCGAGACCUGCGGCUCGUGGCCAACGAAUUCAACGAAGGCACGUACACCUGCCGCAUCCAUCGGCGCGGUAACGUCGUCUCAGCAAACUCGUGGGCCAUCCGUCUGAAGCCAGAGCAGUCCUCCAACAACAGCUGAUGGAGUGAUGCUGAUGAACUGACCACAUGCUCUACCUCCAGGGCUCAAGAGCACUCAGACCCGCUGUCCUCCGCUGCAGCGCACACAGCUCUGCUUGCCGCUCAGAGUCAUUACGGGGUUUCCAACCUUCAUAACUCUGAUAUCCAAGACAAUAUUUGGAAGGACCACCAACUCGUUUUUCUUUUGUACGUCUGCUGCAGUGUUGACAAAGGUGCUUUUUUAAGGUAAAUGCCACUUCUGAGGCAUAAUAUUUAGUUUCAAAGAUGCUUAAAAAUGUCAGAAUUUGCCAUUACGAACAAUUUAGACUAAUUGAGGGAAAACUAAAUCAAAAUCUUCUCAAUUGUUUGGAGAGGUACACUUUCAUACUCAGCAGUGCAUCUGAAGUAUGGAAGCCCAUUUCCUUCACUGAAUAAAAAAUAUAAAAAGGUUAUUGUGACUUUUGUCUGUUUACAUUCUAUUUACAUAUUUGACUAUUGUCUUUUUUUUCUCAAAAUUGCAUGAUACAAAACUGCAGUUCUGACCAGAAUUGUGAGAUACAAACUUGCAAUUGCAAAAAAAAGUCUGAAUUGUGAGAUAAAAACUUGCAAUUCAGACUUUUUUUUGCAGUUGCAAGUUUGUAUUUCUCGCAGUUGUGAGUUUGUAUCAUGCAAUUCUGAGAAAAGUCAGAAUUGUAACAAAAAAAGUCAGAAUGGCAAGAUAUAAACUCACAAUUGUGAGAUAAGAACUUACAAUUAUGACUUUUUCUCAGAGUUGCAUGAUACAAUAUAACUUACAGUUGCAAGAAAUACAGUUAGAGUUGUGAGAUAAAAUCUCACAAUUGCAAGAAAUAAAGUCAGAAUUCCAAGAUUAAAAACUCGUUCAUAUCUCUCGAGUUCAUAUCACGCAAUUCUGAGAAAAAAGUCAGAAUUGUGAAGAAAAAGUCAGAAUGGCAAGAUACAAACACAAUUGUGAGAAAAAAGUCAGAAUUAUGAGAUAAGAAGAUUCUGAGAAACUUUUUCUCAGAAUUGCAUGAUACAAAUUCAUAAUUGCAAGAAAUAAGGUCAAAAUUGAGAUAAGAACUCGCAAUUCUGAGUAUAUAGCACACGACCUUGCAAUUGCAAGAAAUAAAGACUGAAUUGCGAGAUAAAAACUUGCAAUUCAGAAUUUAUUCUCGCAAUUGUGAGAAAUAAAGUCAGAAUUGUGAUAUAAAAAUUCUCAUUUUUUUUAUUGAGAAAAAAAUCAAAUUGUGAGUUUAUAUCUCGGUUAUUUCUCAGAAGUAUGACUAUUUCUCAAAAUUGAGAAUAUAUUUUUCAAAAUUGUGUUUAUAUCUCACAAUUCUGACUUUAUUUCUUACUAUUUUCUCAGCAUUGCAUGAUAUAAACUAACAAUUGUGAGAAAUAAAGUCAAUAUAAAAUCAGAAUUGUGGGAUAAGUCGCAAUUACCUUUUCUUGUUAUUCAGUGGCAAAAACAUAGUGAAGUCCCCACUUUUUCAGUAGGCUUGAAUUUAGUGGUUUUAAAAGCCGUUUACACCAUGGACUAUAACAAUAACUAUAAGGAUAUUAAUAAUCAAUCUAAAUAUUUGAGAACAGGGAAAUCCACACCACAACUAUAACAAUAACAACAUUAGUAAAAAUUCAAGCUAAGUUUGUUUAGCUGAACUUUUAAAAAAUACCCGUUGUUUUAAAGCAGAACUCAUUUGCAUUUAAAGCAACCUCGACCAGAAUGGGAUGAUUUAUGCAGAGCUAAUUUUGACAAGGUAAACGGGUGUUGUGUUACACAACCAUUGAGAAAUUUUAUUCAAAGUAUAUUAUAGACUUUUCAUUAAGACCCUAAAGAAUCAUAUCAACUUUUGGAAAAUGGGCAUCCGAUGACCCCUUUAAAAGAGCUGGGUGAUAUAGUUGUGAUGAAACUAAAAUGUAAAGCAGCUGAGAUUUUUUUUUUUGUAUAGUGUUUUGCUUUAUGUGGAUAGCGUUGGAUAUUAUCUAAUUUUAUAUAUAGGAACAAUAUCAGUGGAAUCAUUUUCUGAAAAAUUUUUCCAGCCGAUGAACGAUGAAAACAUUGAGCCAGUCAGAAUUCAGCCACUUUAAUGAGCAUUUAAUAAAGCAAUAAACCCCAAGCUUCACGUUGUCCCUAACCACACCCCUUAGCUUUUAUAAAUUCACUGCAAACCACGGCUUCACAGGGCUUAUUGCUUUUAUAAAACAGUUAUUCCACAUACGUAGUAAGCUUUCGUAAAAUAAAACAGAGCAAGUGUAAUGAUAUUAAUAAAAAAAGUAUUCUUCCGCCAAAUAAUGUAGUUCCUCAGAAACGGUUGUGGUUGCAACAAAGUGGUUGCCAAGCAACACACAGCUUUAAAUAAAGGUGUAUGUUUGUAGAGUAAUUUACAACACGGCUCAACCAAUCAGAAUCUAGGACCAGAACUAUCCGUUUCAUAAAAAACAUUAGACGUUGUUGGUGUGGACACUAAUAUGGUUAUUGUUAUAGUUAUCAUGCUUGAUGUGAAUGGGCCUUUAACUUUUUAAUUAUGUAAAAUUAUUUUAAUAUAACUUAAAAUUAAAUUGUUUUGUGGCCCUAGUUGAAGUUUACUGAUGGCCUCAAACAGACAAGUCCCCAAGUUGAGAACCACUCUGAGGCCAGCUGUGACUCUGCAGUUCAGACAUGAGCGUAUAAAACUUUUUCUUACUGUCAUUUCUUGCAUGUCAUUUAUGGUGCAAACUAUGGCCUUGUUUACAGGGCUACUGAAUGAUCUUACACUCUUGAAAAAUAAAGGUCUUUUAUUGGCAUCAAUGAAGAACCUUUAACAUCCACGAAAGCUUUCAAUUACACAAAACGUUCUUCACGGUGGAAAAAUGCUCUUAACCCUAAGAAAAAUGGUUCUUUUAAGAACUGUUCGCUGAAAGGUUUUUUGGGGAACCAAAAAUGGUUCUUUUAUGAUGUCACUGUGAAAGACCCUUUAAUUUUUGGAAUGCAGAUGAUAAAGCGGCAAU